GUUCAUGCAUUGCAUAUGAAGCUACAUAAUGAGAACUACUUAUAUUGGACGAGACUUUAUUCUUCACAUUGUCAAUUUUGAGGUGAAAAAUGAAAACUGUUGAAGUUGUUUGGAUUUUUGAGCAGUUUUGAGAUUUUGGUUGUAAAUAUGACACAGAGGAUAUUGGAGUUAAAUAUUUUCUGUUGCUAGCCACACUUGUGAACAGAACAAAAAUACCAUCCUUUUCUAUAAGAAUUGAAUUUUUUAAAUAGAAUUUCUCCAAUUUGUUGAGGCAAGGACAAAAUAGACAGGACUGGUGAUAUUUAUUAUUAUUAUAAUAUCAGUAGUGUAGCUGAAGUUGGGCAAAUGGAUGCUUCUUCAGCGCCAGUGAGUAGUCAGACCGGAAAAUCAACUUGCCCUGAACAGAAUGAAUCAGGGCAGAUGGAUGGAAAUCUAUUUAGUGGACCAUCAGAAAGAAGACUUCAGCUUGGCUCUGAGAUUUCACAAAAUGAACAAGCAGAGAUCAGCUUUCCUGAAAACGUAGCCAAGAGUUCUCUUACUGAACAACUAGGACCAUCUCCUGAAGAUGUGAGCAAUAGUUUUCAGGCUGGAAAAAGCUCAUACUUCCAAAAAAACAUGGAUAGUGUAUGUGAAUCCAAACCUGGAAGUCUAUGUAGUGAACCAUCAGAUCAAGAAAAUCGUGUUGCAUCUGAACUUCUACAGAGUGAACCAGUAGAAACCAGCUCUGCAUUACCCACUGGUGCUGAUAAUAAAAUUUUUCCAUCAUCUUCUGAAAAUGCCACCAGUGGUUCCCUUACUGUACCAUUGCAACUGCAUUCUGAAGUUGUGGCUGAGAGUAGUGAGAUUGAAAGAAGUUUAUGCCCUCAUCAGACUACCUUACAAAAUGAAUCUGAUGCUGGAGGGCUAUGUGGUGAACCACUGAAAGAAAAAGAUAUGCCAGAGUCUGAACCAAAAGAAAAAGAUAUGCCAGAGUCUGAACCAAAAGAAAAAGAUAUGCCAGAAUCUGAACUUGUACACACUAGGACAGAAAAUACAAGCCCUACAGUAUCCAGCUAUGUUGCUAAUGAACAGUUGCAUUCUAGUGAAUCUGUACACGAUACCUUGGAAAAUGAAUCUAAUUCUGGAGGGCUAUGUGGCAAACCGCUGAAAGAAAUGGAUAAGCCAGAGUCUGAACUUGUACACACGAGGACAGUUCAAACCAGCCCUGCAGCACUCAGCUAUGUUGCUGAUGAACAGUUGCAGUCUACUGAAUCCUUGGGACUUCCUUCUGACAAUGUGAGCAAGAGCAGUCAGAUUGGAAAAAUUUCACCCCCCCAACAGACGACACAUGAAGAAUUUGGUUUCACGAGUGAUCUCUUAGAUAUGAAAUGUCAGAUUGGCUCAGACCUUGCACAAAAUGAACCUGUAGGAACCAUUACUGAAGUACCUAACUUGAACAAAAGUUCUGUUACUGAACAUCUGGAAUUGCUUCCUGAGGAUGUGAGCAGGAGUGGUCAGACAGAAAAAAGUUCAUACCCACAGCAAACGAUAUCAGAACAGACUCAUGAAUUUGGUUCUGGAAUUAGUGAACAAUGCUAUCAUCUUGAUUCUGAACUUGUACAAAAUGUACCUGCUGAAACCAGCUCUAUAUUACCCAGUUGUAUUGUUAAGAAUGGUUCUGCCGCUGAACAUAUUGGCCUGGCUCCUAAAGGCACUAACAAUAAUCUUGGUUCUGAAAAACUUGGACCACCUACAGAGGAUACAACCACCAAUUUUUCUCUUGAACAAUUAGAAAGGCCAGCUAAACAUGCAUUUAAGAAAAGCAGGUGGUUGGGACGUAGGGAUAACAGAACUCCAAAAUCAUUAAGGAAAAAAUAUAUGUUGAGGUCUUUGGCAGCAAGUGAUAGGGUGCUUCGCUCACGGACACAUGGGAUGCCUAAAGCUACUGGAUCAAGUAGUAAUUUGGAAAAUGUUAGCACCAUGGAAGAGAAACAAAGGAAGAGCAAGAAAAGAAGAGGGAAGAGGAUAGUAGCUGAUGAGUUUUCAAGAAUCAGGACACAUCUGAGAUAUUUACUGAACAGAAUUAGCUACGAGCAAAACCUAAUUGAUGCAUAUUCUAGUGAAGGCUGGAAAGGAGGCAGCCUUGAGAAGUUGAAGCCAGAGAAGGAGCUUCAACGGGCCACAUCCGAAAUACUUCGACGCAAAUUGAAAAUAAGAGACCUAUUUCAACAUCUUGGUUCACUAUGUAGUGAAGGAAGGCUUCCAGAAUCUUUAUUUGAUUCUGAAGGAGAAAUUUGCAGUGAGGAUAUAUUCUGUGCAAAAUGUGGGUCAAAAGACUUGUCUGCCGACAAUGAUAUUAUACUGUGUGACGGUGCUUGUGACCGUGGGUUCCACCAGCACUGUUUAGAACCACCACUGUUAAGUGAAGACAUUCCCCCUGAUGAGAAGGGUUGGCUAUGCCCUGGAUGUGAUUGCAAAGUUGACUGUAUUGACCUACUUAAUGAGACUCAAGGAACAGAUCUUUCUCUUGCUGACAGCUGGGAGAAGGUUUUUCCUGAGGCUGCUGCCACUGCUGGACAUAAUCCAGAUCACAACUUUAGUCUUCCUUCAGAUGAUUCUGAUGAUAAUGAUUAUAAUCCAGAUGGACAAGAUGAUGAGAAGGUUCAGGGAGAUGAGUCAAGUUCUGAUGAAUCUGAAUAUGCUUCUGCGACUGAGGAAUUGGAAGCUCCACCUAAUGAUGAUCGGUACUUGGGGCUUCCUUCUGAUGACUCGGAGGAUGAUGACUAUAAUCCUGAUGCUGCAGAUCACAGUGAGAAGGUUAAGCAGGAAAGCUCUAGCUCUGAUUUUACAUCUGAUUCUGAGGAUCUUGCCGCUGCACUUAAUGAUAACAGGUCUUCCAGAGAUGAUGAUGACAUAAUGUCGGCAUCUUUGGAUGGUGUUAAGCCUUUCGGAAGUUCUGGUGGAGAAAGACCCAAACUUGGUCGUAAGAAGCAGUCUUUAAAUGAUGAGCUCUUAUCCAUAUUAGAGUCAGAUUCUGGCCAAGCUGGUUUUUCAACUGUUUCUGAGAAGAGACACGUGGAAAGGUUGGACUACAAGAAGCUACAUGAUGAGACAUAUGGAAAUGUUCCUACUGAUUCGAGUGAUGAUGAAGAUUAUAAUGAUGCUGCUGCAUCACAGAAGAGGAAGAAAACUGUUAGAGAAGUUGCUCAGCUGUCCCCCAGUGGAAAGAAUAUGAGGAAUAUAAAUCAGAAUCGGAAAUUAGCUGAUCAUACUCCUAAGAGAAGAACCCGUCAGAAUGCUAACAUUGAUGGCACAUCAAAUUCACCCACCAAAUCUCUAGAUGGCUAUCAUAGAUCUGGUUCUGGUGGUAAAAGAAUUAGAUCAUCAACAUCUAGAAGACUUGGGGAAGCUGUAACUCAGAGACUAUACAAAGUCUUCAAGGAGAAUCAGUAUCCUGAGCGAGCCACUAAAGAAAGCUUGGCAGAAGAGUUAGGAAUCACUUUCCAGCAGGUUAGCAAAUGGUUUGAGAAUGCUCGUUGGAGCUUUCACCAUUCAUCACAUAUGGAAGCUGCCGGAGCCGAUAGCACUUCAAAAGCGGGCACUCCCUCAUCUCAAACAAAUAUGGCCACCAGAGAUGCCACAUGCAAUGGAGCCCAAUUUGAGGCUUCACCCAGGUCGGCUACCACUGUACGGGAAAGCAGUGGGGAUCUGAGGCAUAGUGCAUUGGAGACUCGGGAAAGCUGUAGAUAUAAAUCCACAGCCCCAAAUUCUAGAAAGAGAAAAGGAAGGUCAGAUCCUCGGGCAUCAGAUCCAAAUUUUAAAAAUGAGGAAUUGCAAAAAGCAAGUGAAGUGCAAGCAGGUGGUGGAAUGAAGACUCGAAGAAGGAAAUCUUUUGUUUGACAUUUCCAAUUUUAAUCGUAGGGUAUUAAUUUUGACACAGUCAAGUCGCCGAGAUCUUAUGAGAGAGUAACCGGCAGCUCGAAAGGUAAUUCACAAAUGCCGUUCUCACAAAAUGAAGCUGUUCCUUAGAUUGUGGCUCUUCAUCUACCCCUUCCUUUGGUAAAAACUCUCCUCUGACGGCAGUGUCUUAUCGGUGCGUUAGGAUCAAGGACCCCUGAUAUUUAUAGUUUGCUUUUUCAUGUAUUUUUAAUUGUUCUGGGCUGUGUAAAAUUUACUUGCCAUAAAAGCAAAAAUUAUAGCUCACCAUUAGUCUUGAAUUCUUCCAAGGAUAAUGCUUAGUGUACCGAUAAUUGACCCA